CAUGAACACUGGUGGAUACAGCAAGCUGGGCAGUGCAAUUGAAGAGGUUCCCAGAGGGCAGUUGGGACGCUGGGACUGCUACAAACAAAGACUUUUCUUCCUGAUCUUGGCUUUGCUGGUGGCCACAGUUCUAUGGGCUCUCAUUCUGAGCACCCUAUUGUCCAAUGCCUCCAGCCAGCUCAGGGUGCUGCUCAGUCACCAGGACCUGCUGAGGACAAACGCCUCAGAGCAGAAGGUGAUGCUGAGUUCCCUGAAGGAUGAUGUCGGAGCCUGCAGGAAUUGCUGCUCCGUGACGAAAGCGCAGUUGCAAACCACACUCGCGGAGUUUAAGGACACACAGGCAAAGUUGAUGGAGCAGGCGAGCAUUCUUAAAGAACUGCAAGAGCGUGUGACCCAGGACUUGGCUAAAGCAAGCAGAGACCGUGAGAACAUCCGCAGUGAGCUGUUCCAGGCACUGGAAGCUGUCAAGCACCAGAACAGCUCCUGUGAGCAGUGCCCACCAUCAUGGCUACCCUUCCAAGGCUCCUGCUACUAUUUCUCUGAGACACAGGCCAUAUGGAAUGCAGCACAAAGCUACUGUGGAGGCCAAGGUGCCCAUCUGGUGAUUGUCAGAGACCUGAAUGAGCAGGGCUUCCUGAGUCGGCAUACACGUGGCCGGGGCUACUGGUUAGGUCUGAAGGCAGUUCGUCACCUCAACAAGAUUCAAGGCUACCAGUGGGUAGAUGGAGUCCCACUUACCUUCAGCCACUGGAACUCUGGAGAGCCCAAUGAUUCCAGAGGGCGUGAGGACUGUGUCAUGAUGCUGCACUCGGGGCUGUGGAAUGAUGCACCAUGUACCAAUGAGAGAGAUGGCUGGAUCUGUGAGAAGAGGAGCAGUUGCUGACUGUGCCCAGCUUCCCAGUACCAUGCCCAUUGCCUCAGGGUGAAUCAGAAGUGUGGCUCCUACUCCUUGAGCCCACUACCGGGGCUACUUUUUUUCUAAUACACCAUUAAUAAGAUCCACUCAGACUGACCACUGCAUGCUUUAGAGGCCCCAGCUCUAACUCAUAAGACAGCCUAAACCUUCCAUCUAACCAGUCAGUCUCAAAAUCACUGCUCUAAAACCCAUAUCAUCUAUCUGAUCUGCUGGCUGUUUCCCAGACAGUGUUGGAGCUGUUCCAUCUUCCUGCAUCCCCCUAUUUCACCUCUCUGACUUGGAGCUAUCUUCAUACAGAGAGAGAGCAUCAAUAAAUGUUUGAAAAA